GUAAAGUUCUMGUAAGACCACAAACAGAAACACGAGAAGAAGAGAAGCUAUUCGAUGGAUUGGCUCACAUCCAUUAUCAAGGUCCUCUUCAUUUACGCCCUUGUUACCUUACUUUUGGGAACUCUUUGUUCUUCCAAGCCGAUGCAGUCUGGGUCCAUCCUUGAAAACCAGCACAGUCAAGCCGAAAGCGUCAAACUAGAAACGUUACCAAGACAACGCCGAGAUGCUGRUUGUGUUGACAAGACAACAAAGAAAUUUGUCAAGGCCUUGAAUCGUCAUUUCAAUGUUGUUACAUGCAAAACUGGAUGUUUCCCGGUAAGAUCACAGUAUCUUCUACCCAAUGGAAAAUAUACCCAAAUUGUCACGAAGUGCGUUAAAGCAAUAACCGCGUCGCUAAGACAACGCCGAGAUGCUAGUUGUGUAGACAAGACAACAAAGAAGUUUGUCAAGGCCUUGAAUCGUCAUUUUAAUGUUGUUACAUGCAAAACUGGAUGUUUCCCGUUAAGAUCACAGUAUCUUCUACCCAAUGGAAAAUAUACCCAAAUUGUCACGAAGUGCGUUAAAGCAAUAACCGCGUCGCUAAGACAACGCCGAGAUGCUGAUUGUGUUGACAAGACAACAAAGAARUUUGUCAAGGCCUUGAAUCGUCAUUUCAAUGUUGUUACAUGCAAAACUGGAUGUUUCCCGGUAAGAUCACAAUAUCUUCUACCCAAUGGCAAGUAUCUUCAUAUCGUCACGGAGUGCGUUAAAGCAGUGACUUCGCUAAGACAACGCCGAGAUGCUGAUUGUGUUGACAAAACAACAAAGAAGUUUGUCAAGACCUUGAAUCGUCAUUUCAAUGUUGUUACAUGCAAAACUGGAUGUGUACCCGUGAGGUCAAAGUAUCUUAAGCCCAAUGGCAAGCCUAUUUUUAUCGUCGAGGAUUGCAAGAAACCCAAAUCUUAA